AUGCGUCCCCAAAUGCCCCCUUCGGACCAAAAGCUAGCGACAAAAAGUCCUUCUCACUUACGACUUGAAAAGCAAGAAAAUUAUGAGCACAAGCAGAAUGCCUUACUAGACGGAGAGAUCCUUGAGCUGAUGCGCCGGAUACAUGAUCUAGAGGGUGAUCGUGACUAUUGGAAAGAACGCGCUCUCAAAGGCGAGGUUCGCCAUAACGAUAUGGUGAAGGAUCUAAAAGCUGGAAAAAAAAUUCCAGAAGUCUUGAAGGAGAAUGUGAAAAAGUAUGGAAAUUGUGUUGAGAUGAGAGAGGAGGAGAAGUAUUGGAAGAGGGAAGAUGGAAAAGGGGAUCUCGGGAAAGGGGGAAAUGACAACAAGAAGCAAACUGGGAAGAACCAUAGGAAGUGA